AUGAUUUCACCACGCAUAUACGAGUCGCUGCCUCAGGAAGAGCGGCGGCUAUGGCACUCGCACGUCUACGAGGUAAAGUCUGGAAUGCUCGUUAUGCCCACCGCGAUUGUACCGCAGGCCGCCUGGGAUAUGGCAGAGAAGCGCGAAAUGGAGCAGGUUGUGACGCUCUACGGCAAGGUCUAUCAUUUGUGGCAAACUGACAAAGGCUACAGAGUUCCACUUGGUGAUCCCAAGCUCAUGACGAGCUUCAUUGCCGAUGGGCAACUCGACUUUAAACUGGUCGCAGAGCGAGACCAAAAAUUUGGGACGGACUACGAGCACAAGAAGCGGUCGAGAGCUGAUAUUGAGUUCCCGACGAUCCACCCAGAUGCGGACAGGGCCUGGUCGUGA